AUGGGACAUUCCUCUCCCACUCCAGGAAUGCAAGCCAUGUAUUCGUACGGUGGCCUCCCUCCACAUGGACAGCAACAUCAACAACAACAACAACAACAACAACAACAACAACAACAACAACAACAACAACAACAACAACAACAACAAGGCAUGCAGCCUAUGUCCAGACCUUCGCCACCGCAGCCCACGUGGGCUGUGCCGCAGACCCACCCGUCGUACUAUGCUGCGCCGCAGGGUCCUACUGCAGGCAGCAGAGAAAAUCAGCAACAGUUCAUGGGAAGAUCAGAUGUGAUGACAUCGCAACCGACUGUCACAAGUGGUGUCGUCUACAGUAACUCUAUGACUGCUCCCCAAUCGCUAGCAACAACCAACUACUUUCCUGGCGUCAUCGACACAAGUCCGUGGGGCCAGAAGGUAUGCGAAGAGCUAGAAUCGUUCCCUACUCUGGAUUCAGACGUGACGGAUUUCAGCCAUGGUAUGAUGGGACAUGACGAGAACACUCCGAUAAUCGACCUACGCCAGUACAACAACAUGGGCCAGCAAGAACACGACAACAUGGUAAACUUCAACCCAAGCUCCACCCGGAGAAUGUCUGAGUCUUCCUUUUCUAUGUCCAGCACAGGCGGUGUGCUGCCAGAAUCGGCACCUUAUGAAGAGAUGGGUUCGUCAGAACCAGUUUCAUAUGCGUCUGAGUAUGAUGCGUGGAGCCACGCGGAGCCAAAUGCCAGUCACCUUUUGUCACCGCUUGCAUCACCACGCCGAUCUCAGUACGAUGGUGUUGUUCGAAGUGGAAGCCGAUCCCGCGCAUCACCGGCAUCGCACAACAACGUUCGCUCAUCGCCAUACACACUUGACAGCAGUCGGUUCAAGAGGUGGUCUACCGGACAAGCGCCCACAUCCACCCCAAACAACUCACGCCCGAUGUCACAAGUUUCUGAUCGAUAUGCGCCAUAUGGUCCUCGGAUGAACCCACAUCACUCCAUGCCCGCUUACCCUUCCAGUGCUUACAACAACUUUGGACUUCCUACGCAAAAUAUGUUGUAUUCGCAAACACCCCCCUCGCAUCCCAAUAGUCAACCAUUCUUCGCGCCUCAGGACCAACAGCAGUUCCAUCUCGAAGUGCCUCGGCCACUCCCUUCUCAGGGCCUCUUCCGUUUACUCCAAAGCAACGCAGAUCGUCACGGAGGAUGCUCAUCCCACUUUGCAGAUCUCUCAGACCCGCCAGAUCUAUACUCAUCUCUGCACGAGGAAGCGUUGAACCCACCAGAGUCUGAUAUGAACCCUUCAGAUCCGGACCUUAUUCCCCACGAGCAGGAUCUUCGCUUUGUUGGCGAUCUAUACACACCGCGUUGGGUCCGUGGACAUGGCAACAAACGAGAAGGUUGGUGCGGUCUAUGCAAGCCUGGCAGAUGGCUUGUACUCAAGAAUAGUGCUUUCUGGUACGACAAGUCCUUCACACAUGGUGUUAGCGCAGCCACCGGUGCGGCAUUCCAGGGCCCACAAGACACACGCCGGACGGAAGGCAACCUUGACGUCUGGGAAGGACUUUGCGGAAGCUGCGGCGAAUGGAUUGCGCUCGUCAGCAAUAAGAAGAAAGGAACGACGUGGUUCCGACAUGCAUACAAGUGCCACACACACCCUAAAGUUAAGGAUGGACCCAAACGCCGCCGUGAGACACAGGCUGGACGCGUUCGCGCGGCAUCAUCCGCUUCAGCUACAUCGUCCUCAUACCCAAUCAAGCAAGACAUCUCGCCAUCAAACGCAACAUCUCACCGUCAUUCCACACCGACGCCGAUAACCGGUAGUGCGUCGCUGCAGUCUUAUGGCAUGUCAAGCGGACCGUCUUCCAUGCCCACCUCGACACCGACAUCAACCCCACAAGUCAACACUUCAUGUCACCCCAGCAGUACAGCAUAUCCCACGCCAACUUCAGCGACACCCACAAUGCAUUCGCUCCGGACCCCCACGGCAACUUCCUUUGGCGAUGCGUACGGCGAACCAACAAACAGACACGAGCCUGUGGUCGGCAUGUUCACAACGCCAUUACAAAGCUUGUCGAGCUUCUCUGGUCAUCAUUAUUCACCAAAUCUCUCGCAUCAAGUGAGUGAACCGGAGCUUGUCGGUAUACGGACGACUACUACGGCGCUUAACUCGAUAGCGAGCAUGAUUUGA